GUCUUGAAGCCGCUCGUCGACAGCAAGGGGAAGAGCUUCUUGAAGUACGACGAGCACGAGCAGGUCAUGAAAGCGGGGACUCUUCCAGACUUGAUUAAGCGAGCCCACGACUACCUCGAUAUCAUGCACGGCCUCCAAAACAACCUGUCCUUCAAGCGUGCGCAGAUCAAGUCGGUCGCGACCGCGAUCGCCAACGAGUACAAGGAGAAGUGGAAGCUCUCUGGGCCGAUGGUGAGGGACUACGCGAUCACGAUGGAGAGGCGGAUGUGCAACAUCCAUCAUGUCGUGGGCCAUGCCAUGAGGAAGAAAACGCCGCCAGGCUGGGUCAACGAGCUGCCUUGGAAGGACACCAAGGACACCAAGUCCAGCAAGCAGCAGAAGGACACCGAGGGCACCGAGUUCGCCUACGGCUUCAGAAAGGACCUGCUGCUGGCCUACAGGGCGCCCAUGGGACGGAACGGUCAGCCCACGAAGCGCCUGGAGUUGGCGCUGCCCCCCGACGUGGAAAAGUUGCAGAAGCUUCCUGCGACGCCGAAGCUUCCAGCAGUGUUUCCAGACGGCUCCGAGCACAGCUUCGACGAUGUAGCGGUUGGCCAGGUGAUCGAGAUGAUGGCGUCGAGGAGCUCAGCCCAGUCGGCCGAGGACGCCCUGUGGGAGAGCGAAACCAAAGGCACACACAAUAAGAUAACCAUCGAGCAGAGAGUGGACCGUGCGCUGCUGGCCAGCAUCUACGAGCAGACGAAACAGAUUGCUCAAGUUCGGCCUGAACAUUUUGGAAAACUUCCAGGAGAUCAGCCAUGCAGGGCGCCGAACAGCACCGAGGCGAUUCAAUUGACACGCGAGUUCUUGAUUCCGAUCGCGACAUGCUACUGCAACGGGAAGAUCACGGACAGCAAGGCUCUGAAGAUUGCGAUCAAGGAGAAGCUCAAG